GCACAGGCCGGCAGCAUGAAGGACGAGCGACGGUCCGUCUCCGCUACGUGCCACUGCAGUGCCACCGGGCCACAUUGCGACACCGCCGCCAGUGCGGACGGACGCACACAUAGCACACACGGCCCGGGCCGGCCGAGCUCCACCGACCGGCCAAUAAACCCGGGGCUGUAAGUAUGUACCGCCCCGACCGGACCGUGCGUGGAUGGGAGCCGCAGCUCGCGGAGGCCGGUACGGAAACCGGCCACCUGGCGGCCGGCGGCCCAAGCUGCGGGCACGCGCCCGCCAGACGCUUCAUCUGGGCGGGCUCGCCGGCAAGUGGGCGCAGUUGGUGUCCAUCCGAGCUCCUGUGCACCGGCCACCUCCUCCUCGCCGCAGCCGCCGUGACACAUCGAUACAACUAUGGCCUCCUUCAGAGUUCUGUUCGUGCUGGCGCUGGCCGCCACGACCCUCGCAGUUCCGAUGGCGCGCCCGUCGACCAUCGAGGCCACCGUUCAUGACGUCACGGACAGCGCAGAAGGCAAGUUCCCGCAGGGUGCGGCCGAGCCGUACCAACCCGAGGACGACGACCCGGAAGUAGUCGCGGCCGCCGAGGAGGUGAAGGCCGCUGCCGAAGAGGCCGCUGACGAGGCCGAAGAGGCCGCUGAUGAGGCCGCCGAGGAGGCCAAGGCCGAGUCUGAAGAGGAGGAGGCCGACUCGGAGGGCAGCGGGCUCGAGGCUGACGAGUCCGACGAGGCUGACGACGACUCGUUUGCUGCGCAGCUGGUGUUCGACGAGGACGCCAUCGAGGCCAGCGGCGUGGUCGCCGACGACGCCGAGCACGUGGAGGGCUCCGGCGUCGUGGCCGACUUUGCCCGCACCGCGGCGCUCCAGGAGCCGAUCGAGGCGUCCGGCGCGCCGGCACAGGACGACGCCGAGGCUGUCGAGGGAUCCGGCGCCGACUACCAGUUCGACGGAGCCGCGAGCGAGCAGCUGCGCUUCGCCCUGGAGGGGUCUGGCGAAGUGGCCUUUGACGCGGUGGAGGGAUCUGGUCGACGGGUCAGUCUAGACGAGACCUCUGAGCCGCUGCUGCUGGAAGCGUCCGGUGAGGCGGCACUCGACGACGCCGAGGGUUCGGGCAUCUCGCACGAGCCCGAGCUGGGAAUCGAGGGCGAGGACCUGCUGAGCAGCAAGUAGAUGCGCGCCAGUCGGUCGGCACCAGCCUUCACCGGAGUGAGCCGUCCGGCCGGUGGGCAGACUUGCCCGAGCCGCCGCGCCCCCGGUCCAAUCAGGAGACACAAAACUGUGGCAUUACACGCGCGUCCGGUCGGUUUGUGAUACAUACAUGUCCGCUAUUUCACGUGCGUUGCAUGGGCGUUGACACACUAAAGCUAAUAUUUAUUUUUGUGAGUCGCGCAAGGCCUUCGGCGGCUUAGGAGAGCCACUGCGGUCGCCCACCACUUGGGAAUGCGUCCGAACAACGCGGCUGCCAGGCCGGCCAGUACCGCGGCCCCGUGUCCCUGUCCGCCAGUGGGAGACAGCACUGUCUCCAAGUACAUCUUCCAGUGGUACACGGUUCGGGGUGGACGAUCUUCCGCCAGAGAUGAACCAUUCCCUUAGCGCCAUUCCUCCAAACUGUGCAUCAAUUAGCGACGGUUAGCCAGCAUCAGGUGUUGUGUGCAAUCAAAGACUGUAGCUGCUUUGGCUUCAUUCCACGAGGUGAAACGUGGUCCAAUAAAAGGCGACAAAGGA